GUUUGUAAGGAGAUUGCUUUAUUUUUACAAGCCUAGCAGUAAACUGUAUGCCAACCUGGAUCUGGACUAUGCCAAGGCUAAGCAGCUCACUGUGGUGGGUUGUCAAUUUACUGAGUUUCUUCUUGAAUCAGAAGAGGAUGGACAAGGUUACCUGGAGGAGUUAGUUAAAGAUAUUGUACAUUGGCUCAACUCUUCAUCUGGAAUGAAACCUGAGCGUAGUCUUCAAAAUAAUGGGUUACUAAAUACCCUUAGCCAGCACUACUUUCUGUUUUUUGGUACUCUCUCUUGUCACCCUCAUGGAGUGAAAAUGCUUGAAAAAUGUAAUGUGUUUCAGUGUCUUCUUAAUCUUUGUUCUUUGAAGAACCAGGAUCACUUGUUAAAAUUGACUGUUUCUAGUUUGGAUUACAGCAGAGAUGGGUUAGCAAGAGUUAUCCUUUCUAAAAUCCUGACAGCAGCUACUGAUAGCUGCAGGUUGUAUGCUACAAAACACUUGCGAGUAUUACUGAGAGCGAAUGUAGAGUUCUUCAGUAACUGGGGGAUUGAGUUAUUGGUGACCCAGUUGCAUGAUAAAAAUAAAACUAUUUCUUCCGAGGCACUUGAUAUUCUCGAUGAGGCAUGUGAAGACAAGGCUAAUCUUCAUGCCCUUAUCCAAAUGAAACCGGCUCUUUCUCAUCUUGGCGACAAGGGUUUGCUUCUCCUCCUAAGAUUUCUGUCCAUCCCAAAGGGGUUUUCGUAUCUAAAUGAAAGAGGUUAUGUAACAAAACAAAUGGAAAAGUGGCAAAAGGAAUAUAACUUAAAGUACGUUGAAAUGAUUGAAGAACAACUUAAUGAAGCACUUACAACAUACCGCAAACCUGUUGACGGUGAUAACUAUGUUCGUCGGAGCAACCAAAGAUUACAGCGACCACAUGUCUACCUGCCAGUUCACCUUUAUGGCCAACUGGUUCAUCAUAAAACAGGCUGCCAUUUAUUGGAGUCUCAGAGCAUUGUUACAGAUCUAAGUUACACUGUUCGUUCCCCAAUGCUGGAUAAGUGGGAAGGAAUUAAGCAGCUGAAAGCAGCCCUUUGGGCCUUGGGCAAUAUUGGAUCAUCAAAUUGGGGUCUUAACUUGCUUCAAGAGGAGAAUGUAAUUCCUGAUAUAAUGGCACUUGCCCAACAUUGUGAGGUUCUCUCUGUUAGAGGAACCUGUGUCUACGUGCUUGGUCUAAUAGCCAAAACUAAACAAGGAUGUGACAUUUUGAAGCAUCAUAACUGGGAUGCAGUGAGACACAGUCGUAGACAGGCUUGGCCAGUGGUCCCUGAUGACAUGGAGCAGCUCUGCAAUGAACUUUCUUCUAUACCCAGCACUCUUAGCUUGAACUCUGAGUCCACCAGUUCUAGGCACAACAGUGAAAGUGAAUCUGCUCCUUCAAGUAUGUUCAUCAUGGAGGAUGACCGUUUUGGUAGUACUUCCACUAGCACGUUCUUCCUAGAUAUUACUGAAGAAGCAGAACAAAUAUUUUAUGACAGACCUGGACCUUCAAAGGACAAAGACCGUAGUCCCUUUCCUUUUUUUUCUUCUAGUAGACUUGUGAAAAAUCGCAUUCUAAACUCUCUUACUCUACCUAAUAAAAAACACAGAAGUAGCAGUGAUGCAAAAGGAGGAAAGCUGAUAUCAUCUGACAGUAAAUCAGGCUUGAGGAGAAAUCGUACAGUAACAGAACCUUCCAGUAGCAUAGACUUUCCUGCUGGGGAAGAAUUCAACCCUGUUUUCAGAGUUCCUAAAAUCCAGACUUUACGAUUAGAAACUUCAUUUGUUGGAAGUAAGCACAUGGAAGAUACUGAUAGUACACCAAGUAUUGGAGAAAAUGAUCUGAAGUUGCCAAAAGCUCUUGGAAAUGAAAUUCACCGGGAAAACACAAGCAGAGAGAGGUUAAUAGGAGAUGGUACUACACAAACACAUUUCAAGAGUCGUAGCUUAAGUUUUAAUACAGAUACCACAACAAGUGGCAUAAGCUCAAUGAGCUCUAGCCCUUCGAGGGAGACUGUAGGUGUGGACACUACAAAUGUAGAUACUGACUGUGGAAGUUUGAGUACUGUGGUAAGCACAAAGACAGUUAAACCAAGUCACUGUUCAACACCACAGUCUAACCACCUGCCUCUCUCAAAAUCCAACUCUGUAUCCUUGGUACCACCAGGGUCUUCUCAUACACUUCCCCGAAGAGCCCAGUCUCUUAAAGCUCCUUCUCUUGCUACGAUAAAAAGUCUUGCUGACUAUAACUUUAGCUACACAAGUUCUCGAGAUGCCUUUGGCUACGCUACUCUGAAACGCUUACAACAGCAGAGGAUGCAUCCUUCACUGUCUCACUCAGAAGCCCUAGCAUCUCCAGCAAAGGAUGUGCUGUUUACUGACACUAUUACCAUGAAGUCUGGCAGCCUGGAUUCUCGGCUAACCCCAAGCCGGUUCAUGAAAGCUUUAAGUUAUGCUUCGUUAGAUAAAGAAGACUUAUUAAGUCCUAUUAACCAAAACACACUUCAGCGUUCCUCUUCUGUUCGUUCCAUGGUUUCUAAUGCUGCAUAUGGUAGCUCUGAUGAUUACAUUGGCCUUGCUCUCCCAGUGGAUAUCAAUGAGAUAUUUCAGGUAAAGGAAACUCCAUAUUUCCAGAAGAAAACCACACCUCCGUUUGAUGACCGUGGAGCUCGGGUCUUUGCACCUGAUGCAGGAGGUCUUCCAUCAGGUACAAGUGAUGUUGUCAAAAACCCUUUCCAGAUACUCCGACAGCAAAUCAGUCUCACUGAAAUAAUGAACACCAGCCGUUCAGAUGCCUGCCAAUUUUUAGAAAAUACAGAGGAUACAGGGCUACAGGAGCACACAGAUGAGAACUGCCUUUACUGUGUCUGCAUUCAAAUACUGGGUUAUCAGCCUAACAACAAAGUGAACUCUUCAUAUAGUCGUACAGGCUGUAGUGAUGCAGUAUCCCAUGGUUCGGCUAGCAGCAACAAGAGUACAGAGCUUGUACUAGGAGUAAAAUCAAUCCCAGAUGAUACACCAGUGUGCAGAAUACUUCUGCGGAAAGAAGUCUUACGUUUAGUAAUCAAUUUGAGUAGUUCAGUAGGAACUAAGGGCCAUGAAACGGGACUCUUGACAAUUAAGGAGAAGUAUCCCCAAGCAUUUGAUGACAUAUGCCUUUACUCUGAGGUGUCCUACUUGUUAGCACAUUGUACCUUUCGACUUCCAUCUCGAAGGUUCAUUCAGGAGCUAUUUCAAGAUGUACAGUUCCUACAAAUGCAUGAAGAAGCAGAGGCUAUUUUAGAAACACCAACAAAACAGCCAGUAAUCGAUACAUCAGCUGAAUCCUGACCUCUGUCUCAUGCAGUUCAUUGCAUAUAAACUUUCUGAAAUCCUCAGACAACCUCUGACUGACUGGAUAAAAAGCUUGGAGCAUCAUCUUCUAGACUGUUCCAGAAGCUACUGGUACCUGAAGACUGAACUGAAAACUUCCUCUUCCUCAACCAAUUACUGCCCCAGUCUUUUGAGCCCUUUGGGGAGUUAUUAAACAUUACCAUAGUUUUAAUAAUAGUAAUUAGCAGUAUAUGCAAGAGCCGAGCACUGAACACAAGUUUUCAUUUCACUUUCUACCAUAAAUUAAAAAAACAGGACAACAUGCAGAGACAUCUUUUUUGAUUGACUUCUGAUUCUGUUCCAGAGAAGCAGAAUGAUGCCUUGCUUUUUAAACCAUGGAUACCAGGAGUGAGAGAGAUGAGGGUGCAUUCCAUUGCCAGCAAUGGGGAGCCGUGCUUUGAUCACGGACACCAGGGGAUUAACAUUAGCUCUUCUCUGUUGGUUUUUGUACUGUUUAUAACACUACUUGGGCGUUUGUAACUUCAGACAGAAAGAAAAGCCUCUGUGAAUCUGAGGUUUCCUUUAAGUUAUUUUAAUAUUGCUAUAGUUGUAAGUCAUUUUAUUAAGCAGUCUCUCCGAUUUCAUUACAUUUACGUAUAUAUAUCUUACCUGAACCAGUUAAGGAUUUUCACUACAGUUUGAUUUUAAAAAUAACAAAUCAUUUAAACUUAAAAUGCUGAAAUCAGAUUGUUUUCCCUGAAUUACAUGCAUGUGUUUGCAGUUUCUACACUCAUCCUCAUAUAGUAUGAAUGUUGGUCUUACUCUUAACUAAAAUCCUUUAAAACGCAUGAUUUGUGCCAGAUAAAUUAGUAUCGUAUAAAUUAAACUUGAAGAGAUUUAAUCAUUGCUGCUUUUCUGAGUAGACAUAAUAUGAGUGUUUUCCAAGUUCCAUGGAAACAGCCUUUUAUAAAAAAAGGUUUAUUUGAAUUUUAAAUGGAUGAGUGAUCAGGCAUCAGAUAGUACUAAUAAUUGUAGUGAAAAACCUUAAGUACCAAAUCUUGGAGCAGCAGUACUUACAAUUUUAUACUGGUGUUUAAGACUUGUUGCAAAAGUUAAAUGAUACAGUGACUGUUAAUGACUGAAAUAGUUGCCUCUAUCACAUUACUUGUGAGGUUUCUAAAUUAAUGCCUGCAAGCUUAAAAAAAA